UUGGCCUUGGCUGGCCCAGGGGUGCAGGGGAACUGGCAGCAUCGAGGGACCACGCGGAUGUGCUCUGAUGAGAGUGCCUUCCAACCGGCCCGGUUCCUACUGCUGGUGGGUGUCCCGGUGGCGAGUGCCCUCCUUCUGGUCCAGUGCCUUCGAUGGCACUGUCCUCGCUGGCUGCUGGGGACCUGCUGGAAGCUGGAUAGCCAAGAGGAUCCAAUGGCCCAUCCCACUCCCUUACCGGAAAAUGAGUCCUCAAGGCAGUGUGCCCCGGCCACACUGCCAGAGAUGGCCGCCUUCUACCAGGAACUGCACACACCCACUCAAGGCCAGACCAUCAUCCGUCAGCUGAUGCACAAGUUGUUGGUGUUCUCAGCUCGAGAGGUGGAUCACCGUGGUGGCUGCCUGAUGCUCCAGGAUAUGGGCAUCUCUCUGCUCAUCCCACCAGGAGCUGUGGCUGUGGGCCGCCAGGAGAGGGUGUCCCUGAUCCUGCUGUGGGACUUGCUGGACGCCCCAUCACUGUCCCGAGCCCAGGGGCUGGUGAGCCCUGUGGUGGCGUGUGGCCCCCAUGGGGCCUCCUUCCUGAAGCCCUGCACCCUCACAUUUAAGCACUGUGCCCAGGAGCCCAGCCAUGCUCGUACCUACAGCAGCAACACAACCCUGCUUGAUACCAAGGCCUGGAGGCCCCUGGGGCGGCCUGGGGCCCACACCUCCAGGGACGAGUGUUGUAUCCAGCUCUCCCACUUCAGUCUCUACACCUGUGUGCUGGAGGCGCCUGUGGGCCGGGACGCCCACAAAUGGCUGCAGCUGGCUGUCUUCUGCUCACCGCUGGCGCCAGGGCAGUCCCACCUGCAGCUGCGCAUCUACUUUCUCAACAACACACCCUGUGCCCUGCAGUGGGCCGUGACCAAUGAGCAGCCCCACGGGGGGCGCCUGCGUGGGCCCUGCCAGCUCUUCGACUUCACAGGGGCCCGCGGGGACCAGUGCCUGAAGCUCAAGUACAUCUCUGAGGGUUGGGAGAAUGUGGAUGAGAGCAGUUGCCAGCUGGUUCCCCAUCUCCACAUCUGGCAUGGAAAGUGCCCCUUCCGUUCCUUCUGCUUCCGGAGAAAAGCAGCCAAUGAGAAUGAUGACUGCUCCACACUUACCAGUGAGAUCAUUGUCACCAUGCACACUUUCCAGGAUGGCUUGGAGACCAAGUACAUGGAAAUCCUCAGAUUCCAGGCAUCAGAGGAAGAGUCCUGGGUGGCUCCACCCCCUGUCUCUCAACCACCCCCGUGCAACAGGCUGCCCCCAGAACUCUUUGAGCAACUGCAGAUGUUGUUGGAACCGAACAGCAUCAUGGGCAAUGACUGGCGUCGGCUGGCCUCCCACCUGGGGCUCUGCGGCAUGAAAAUUCGAUUCCUGUCCUGCCAGCGCAGCCCGGCCGCAGCCAUCCUGGAGCUAUUCGAGGAGCAGAACGGCAGCCUGCAGGAGCUGCACUACCUCAUGACUGUCAUGGAGCGGCUGGACUGCGCCUCGGCCAUCCAGAACUACCUGAGCGGGACGCACAGCGGUAGCCCGGCGCCGGUCCGCGGGGGCGCCCAGGAGAACCAGGGCCUGGAGCUGGACGAGAAGCUCUGAGCACCCCCAGGCGGCGGGGCGGGCCGCCGUCCGCAGCACUCUGGGUCCCGGGGGUCCCCUGACAUUGAGGAAGAAUGCAGCUGGUGCUCCUGGUCCUGCCCUUCCAUCUCAUCAGAACCCUGCGACAGUGCCUGAGGCCACCGUGAACCCCGGGCGCGUUCAUAGCCCGCCUCCUCUACAAUUGCGACCCGCUUGGUCCUGCGAACAGGUCCCGUCCUGGCCGGCAGGGGGCGCAGGAGCCCAGCGGAUGGUCAGGCCUGGCUGGCCUCCGGGAAACUCCUUGACCAGUGGGCUGGGAGACUGCCCUGUUGGCAUUCCUUGCGGACUGGCCAGUCCCCUGGGAUUCACUGAGCGCUUCGUGACACCCAGCAUCGGAGUGGGUAUCACGGGGAAUCCUGGGAUAGAGGAGAUGGGGCUUGGAGCUUGACAAACCUGCAGUGCUCUUUUGGGAGUCAAGAAGCACCCACGGGCUGAGGGCCAAUGCCAAAACGGCAGUGCCCUGUGGUUAGGACAUGUGGGCGUGGGAUGAACAGACGUGUUUUAGGAGCUGAGAGGGGAGGCAGCAUAGUGUGGGCUGGAGCAGUGAGAAGGCUUCAUGGAGGAUGUUGGAGAGAGGGUAGGGACAGUAAGGAGUGGUUCAGCCAUCUUUGGGUGGGGCCAGAAGGGGAUGGUAACACUUCUGGCUUCUAACAGUAGAAGCCAGAAGUGAGCAUGGGUGCUGAGGUGUUAAGGAGCUGCCUAGUGGUUGUGAUGGGAGGGGAGGACCAGGGUUCAAGGUCAGCCAUGCCUGGCUAUC